CUUUCGUAAAAAUGCUGACGACCUUCGGGAGCGAUUCGAAGUAUCGGGAGGUGGAAGAGAGAAGUCAUCUUGUUAGUGUCGAUUCUGCCGUCCAGCAAGAUGCAUUUGUCCCCGCAACUUCAUCUGCUGCGCUCGCCAUCCACGUGAACCGGCGCGCACACGGACCGGUGCGCGUAUGCGUGUAUGUGCAUGUGUGUGAAGUAACACAGUGUGUGGAAAACAAUCAAAUCUCUGCUAAUAGUUCUUAUCUAACGUGCAGAUGUACGUAUUAUCAAUCAAUUCUUUUGUAGCCAAUUGGCUGCUUCUCUGCUUGAUCAGUCCGCUUUACAGCGGGGCUGAAAAACCGCAAUGGAUACGUUACGAAGUUAACGACCCAAUGCGUUACCAAUUUCGUCCGAUACAGUCUGACGAAGUUCCCGGUGAGAAGCAACAGCAAUUCAACAUAUCGAAAUAUGAACAUAAAGAGUUAUACUACGAUCAUGCGGUACCUCAGCGCGUUGAAAAUCGAGAGCUUCUCAAGGAAAAGAGUAAUAUUCAAAUCUCGCAAUUGGAUCAGCGUGAUAAGGAAACUCGAAAGAAGGACGAGGAAAUGAUGAAAAAAAUGAACUUAUUAAAUCGGAUACUAUCUGAAGAAUCCGACGAGAACGACGUGGAGUUGAAGAAUAUCAUUGAAGACAGAAUGAUCGCGGAAUCGACUAUUUCUGAGGAAGCGAAAAGAGUCGCCAGACAAGUUCGCAGACAACGACCAGGAUUCUUCUGGACUCUGGCGAAGAUAGUUUUCGAAACAUUCAACGACACACGAUCGGCAAUUCAACAAAUUAACAACAUUAUCGAAGAGAAUUUCGAGCCAGACACGACUACGCAACUGCCUAAUAGAAGUAAUUUAUUGACGAUGCCCGAUGCUAAACCCACCACGCCGUCGGAGGACCAGACUAACAUGUUUAGCAAUCUGGCAGAUGUAAACGUAACAACCACGGCAACGACGACAACAGCAAGAACAACAACUACACCGAAGCCUUUUAAAUUUACACGGAACGGUGUACAAAGUCUAAUUAUGAGAAAUCUGCGUGGUCUAGUGAGGCUUUUCAAUAUCGAAUGGCAGGACGCCUUGAAUCAAUCGGAUGUAUCUGUGAAAGAAUUUCAAAAAAAUCUUGGGAAUCAGGUAGGCGGUUUCCUACAAGAUAAUCCGGACGCCUUUUAAAAGUAAUGUGUGUGAAAGAGUUAAAUAUAUAUAACUGAGAAGAAUUAGAAUUCAAGCAGAAAAACUAUAAACUCUCUGUAUAUAAUAUAAAGAGACACAUGCACGAUGAACAGUUCCAUAAUUUAGCCAAAGAUUAUAACUGCAUGUGUGUCUGAAUAUAUUAGUACAGUGAUGGCGAAUCUUUGCAACCUGGCGUGUUAAAAAUGAAAAAAAAAUGUUAAUAUUACUUUAGUGAAGUGUUCAUCAACGUGCAAAAAUUAUAAAGAAAUGGAAAGAGGGAGGAUAAAAUAAUGAAAAUUUUUAGACCCUUUUUUAAGUGGCGUGUUUUGUAAUAAAAAAAUAAAACAAAAUAUAAAAUUGUAACGUACGGUUGAUUUCAUUAUUUCUUGUUGCUGUUUUUUGAAUUAAAUUUUUGUAAACUUUGUACUACAUAAAAUAAAAUUUGACAAAAAUAGAGAGACAUUUUAUAAGUUUAAAGAAACAUUAUUUUAACAAAAUUUUGUUACUUAGAAAAUUUAGAAUUUGUUGUGGAUUCGUGGUAGAAAUAAUCAAAGACUGGAGAAUAACCGCAGAUUCAUUGAUUGUCAAUGUAACUAGCGAUUAUGAAUAUUACAAUACCUCAAUACUAAAAGUUGAAACGUCAGUAACGUGUUGCAAAAAAAAAAUCAACGUGUCAUAAGUUCACCGUCGCCCGAUCUUAGUACAUUUGAAAAAUAUAAUCUAUAUCGUUGCUAGUACAAAAAUAUAUAUGCAAUAAUCAAAUUGGUGCGGAUGGUAAAAGUGAGGGUACAUGAAAAAAGAAAAUGACUAUUUUUUUAUCACACAUAAGUAUACAUGUA